UGCGCGCGGGCGGGCGGGCUAUGGCGCAGGCGGGUUGCGGGGCCGGCGCUGGUGGCGGGGCCCGUUGCAUGGCGGUCUGUCGGCGGAGUCGCCCUCGGGGGCUGUCAGAUUUGUGACGCCAAAGGAAAUCUCUGACCUCAGCUGUGGCUCUCAGUGCUGGGAAGAAGACAAAUUCAUGUCUGAGUGUACGAGCAGGAGUUUGCCAUGGAGAGCUUGGGGCUGCAGACGGUGACCCUCAGUGACGGGACGACGGCCUACGUACAGCAAGCUAUCAAAGGAGAGAAGCUUCUUGAAGGGCAAGUGAUCCAGCUCGAGGAUGGGACCACUGCAUACAUUCACCAAGUGACAGUGCAGAAAGAACCUCUUUCCUUUGAGGAUGGACAGCCCGUGCAGCUGGAAGAUGGCAGCAUGGCCUACAUACACCGCACACCCAAAGAGGGCUAUGACCCCAGUGCCCUGGAAGCCGUCCAGCUGGAAGAUGGCUCCACUGCUUACAUUCACCACCCCGUGGCUGUGCCAUCCGACAGCACCAUCCUGGCCGUGCAGACAGAGGUGGGCUUGGAGGACCUGGCCACAGAGGAUGAUGAGGGCUUCAGCACGGACACAGUGGUGGCCCUGGAGCAGUACGCCAGCAAGGUUCUGCAUGACAGCCAGGCUCCCCAUAAUGGCAAAGGACAGCAGGUUGGGGACAGAGCAUUCCGCUGCGGCUACAAGGGCUGUGGGCGUCUCUAUACCACCGCUCAUCACUUAAAGGUGCAUGAGAGAGCUCAUACAGGUGACCGUCCAUACAGGUGUGAUUUCCCCAGCUGUGGAAAGGCCUUUGCCACAGGAUAUGGGCUGAAGAGCCACGUGCGCACCCACACUGGUGAGAAGCCAUACAAGUGCCCAGAGGAGCUGUGCAGCAAGGCCUUCAAGACCUCCGGAGACCUGCAGAAGCACGUCCGGACCCACACCGGUGAACGCCCCUUCCGGUGUCCCUUUGAGGGCUGUGGCCGCUCCUUCACCACGUCUAACAUCCGCAAGGUACAUGUGCGCACCCACACGGGCGAGCGGCCCUACACCUGCCCCGAGCCCCACUGUGGCCGUGGCUUCACCAGUGCCACCAACUACAAGAAUCACGUGCGCAUCCACACAGGGGAGAAGCCAUACGUUUGCACGGUGCCAGGCUGCGGGAAGCGCUUCACCGAGUACUCAAGCCUGUAUAAGCACCAUGUAGUGCACACACACUGCAAGCCCUACACCUGCAGCACCUGCGGCAAGACCUACCGGCAGACCUCUACCCUGGCCAUGCACAAGCGCAGCGCCCACGGCGAGCUGGAGGCCACGGAGGAGAGCGAGCAGGCCCUUUAUGAGCAACAGCAGCUCGAGGCCGCCUCUGCAGCCGAGGAGAACCCGCUACCCAAACGACCCCGCAUUGCUUACCUGUCGGAGGUGAAAGAAGAGGGUGAUGACAUCCCUGCCCAAGUGGCUAUGGUGACCGAGGAAGAUGGGGCCCCCCAGGUGGCUCUGAUCACUCAGGAUGGUGCCCAGCAGGUCAGCCUGUCACCAGAAGACCUGCAGGCACUGGGGAGUGCCAUCAGUAUGGUGACCCAGCACGGCAGUACCACCCUCACCAUCCCUAGUCAUGAUGAUGACCUUGCCACAUCUGGCACACACACAGUCACCAUGGUCAGCGCUGAUGGCACCCAGACGCAGCCCGUCACAAUCAUUACCUCUGGGACUGUGGUGGCUGAGGACUCAAGUGUAGCAUCCCUUCAUCAUCAACAGGUGGCGUUGUUAGCCACAGCCAAUGGAACUCAUAUUGCAGUGCAGCUGGAGGAGCAGCAGACCUUAGAGGAGGCCAUCAGCGUAGCCACUGCUGCCAUGCAGCAAGGGACUGUGACCCUGGAGACCACAGAUUCGGAGAGCGGCUGCUGAGCCCGAGAGGGCCGGGUCCCACACCACGCUGGAAGAGGCGCCAUGCCGUACAGGCAUCCUUGCCUGCAAGGGCCCAGGCUGUGGCUGACACGUGGAAGGUGGCCACACAGGUCUCUAGGGCAAGAAGGCAGCAGGAAAAUGGCCUGAAGGG